AACUCAGUUCAUAGUUUGAUACGGCAUACGAAGGACGUAUAACAAACUGUAAAAAAAAUUGUUUACUUUAAGUUUUCUCAUAAAACUGUUAGAUUUUGUAAACCGUGGUGUAAUUUGUAUAUUAAUUAGUUCGUGAAUAAAACAUUUUUUUAGUGUUUUUAGUGCAUUUUAAUUUAAAAGUUAUAAAAUUGUUAACUCAAAAUGGCAUUUAAAGUAUUAUUCCUAGUGUUUUUUGUGGCUUUUGCUAUUAAAGCGCAAUCUGAAGAAGGUGACAGAUGUACAGACAGAAGCAGUGGCAUGCAGGGGGUCUGUUUAAACAUACGAAGAUGUCAAACAGCUAUCGACGCCAUAAGAAAUAAGAAGGGGACCCCACAACUGUGCUCGUUCUCGAGUAAUGACCCCGUGGUGUGUUGCUUGGACAAGGCCACGCCCACCACCGUCAGAAUACCGGUCGCCACUACUUCUACUCAAAGGCCUUCAGCUACCACGGAGUACGUGCCCCCAGUGUACGACUAUGUCCUCAACACCGGGGGACAGAAGGUCACGGACGACUGCGAGCCCAUUCCCGCCAACCAGACCGUGCCCAAGACGGGCUCCAAGGCUUUCGACAAAUGUAUAGAAUACCAAGAGAAGUUAGUCUACCCGUGCCUCAAGAGCGUGGCGCUGACUGGUAAGAAGGCGCGCACAAAUCGAUGCAAGCACAACGCCAAGGACCUCAUCGUGGGUGGCGUGGCUGCUUCCGAGGACGAGUUCCCCCACAUGGCUCUGAUAGGCUACGGCAACGACAUCAACUCUGUGCAGUGGCUGUGCGGAGGAUCCAUCCUGAGUGAGAGAUUCGUUCUCACGGCCGGCCAUUGCACCUUCACCAGAAAUCUUGGGGAAAUAACGUACGUGCGAGUAGGAGCCCUGAAGCGCUCCGACCCGAUGGAUAUCAGCCGGAUAUACCGAGUCAAGAGGAUAGAGAAACAUCCCGGAUACAACUCUCCGCACAGAUACAAUGAUAUUGCGCUGGUCGAGACGGAGAAAGAGAUGACCCUGGGACAGUUUGCGGUGCCCGCGUGUCUGGAUACCAAUUCCCCCAACAACUACCAGCAGGCUUUAGCGAGCGGGUGGGGCGCCACGCAGAACCGGGGUGCCACCGCUGAUCAGCUGCAGAAGGUGAUCCUGCAAAAGUUCACGACAGAGGAGUGUACGAGCAUGUUCCCCCCGCAUCGCCUCAUGAAGGACGGCUUCGACGCCAACACUCAGAUCUGUUAUGGAGACAAGAAUGCAGAGAAGGACACCUGCCAGGGUGACAGCGGCGGUCCCCUCCAGCUAAAACACAAGCAAAUCAACUGCAUGUACACAGUGGUGGGGGUGACGUCCUUCGGUCGCGCCUGCGGGGUUAAGGGUGAACCCGGCAUCUACACCAGGGUUGCCAACUAUGUACCCUGGAUCGAGAGCGUUGUGUGGCCAUAGACUAACGUAAACCUUUAAAGAGCAACGCAUAGAGAAGAAAGAGUGUUUUAUUUUCAGUAUCCUCCUCAGUAUAAGAUUUUGUUCGGACUUCGUCUGUGUUGGUGUUAGCUGGCGGGCGUGCUCUGCCUUUUUG